AUGGCGUUCGAAGUCAAUAAGUGCUGUUUCUGUGUGGAGCUCAGGACUGGUUCCCUCAUCAUCGGUUAUCUGAACCUGGUAUGGAACAUAAUAGUCACAUUGUUGGUGAUUGUUAGCAUGGCUGCGGUUGGCGUCGCUGUAUCGAGUAUAUCGGAAAGAGAAAUGAAUGAAGAAAAACAUACAAUCGCUGUAAUUGCCAUGGUAGUUUUCGGAGCUAUCCUGUUGUUCCUGAUUUUAAACCUGAUCUUCAUAAUCGUGUUACUCGUCGGGUUACACAAGAACAAACGUGGACAUGUCAAGGCAUACCUCAUCUACGCCUUCAUCUUCAUCCUGUUUGCCAUCGUAAUGUUUAUCUCGAGCAUUGCACGGGGUAACCCAGCGGGUGAUAUCAUUAAGAAUCUCUUGACCCUCUUGUUCACCAUAUACUUCUUUGUCGUUAUUAGAAGCUACUACUUGAAGAUGAACGACACUGCUAACAAACCAGCAGUGUACAACACCGCUUAA